CAGUCCAUUGAUGACUUGAACAAAUGGGCCCUAUUUCUUGUUUCUCCUUUUAUACUUGAGGCCGAACACAUAGCAUUUGUGACAGAGAGCAUUUGGGUGCAAGGUGAGAAUUUACAGAGACCAUCUUCCUCUUCAGAAACUAUCGUGAAGUGGUCAGACUGUUGUUUGCCCUUGGCUUGCAGACCUGGGGAUCCAUAUCAGUUAAUCGCCGAAGCGAGUGUGGACGACUUCAGCAAGCUGGGGGUGGCGUUCAUGGAAGACAGGCUCCAGAUCGCUAAUGGACUGAUCCCCCAAAGGAUCGUUUCGGUACACUUGCAGGACUCUACUCUGAAGGAACUUAAGGAUCAGGCCUUAAACAAGCAAGCCCAAAUCCUACAGCCGAACCCUGAGUCUUCUGUUGAGAGUAAGCCUGAGCUGGACAUCAUGGAGCACGUUGGCCAAGAUGACCUGAAGGUUUUCGGUGCAGAACCCACACAGGGGAGAGGCGGUGCCUCUGGGAGCGAGGCUGCCGGGGAGGGUGACAGAGGAGUGGGCUCCAUUGAGCUCUGUCACCUCCAUCUGUCUAGUUGCCACGAGUGUUUAGAGCUUGAGAACAGCACCAUUGAAUCCGUCAAGUUUGCAUCUGCAGAGAACAUUCCAGAUCUUCCAUACGAUUACAGUGGCAGUUUGGAGAGUAUUGCUGAUGACGUCUGCCCUGAGAGAGAAGGGAGGAGAGUCAACAUCACGGGAAAGGCACCCAACAUCCUCCUCUAUGUGGGCUCCGACUCCCCAGAAGCCCAGGGCAGGUUCCAGCAGGUCCGGGACGUUCUGGCCGACUGUGUGGACACUGACAGUUACACCCUUUACCACCUGCCAGAGGACAGUGCUCUCAGAGACCCGUGGUCAGACAACUGUCUGUUGCUGGUCAUUGCCACCAGGGAGUCUAUUCCCGAGGACCUGUCCCGGAAAUUCAUGGCCUAUCUUUCUCAGGGAGGGAAGGUGUUGGGCCUGUCUUCAUCCUUCACAUUUGCUGGCUUCCAGGUGAUGAGCAAGGGCACACUGCAGGAGACAGUCCAGAACUUGGUUUUCUCCGGGGCUGACCAGAGCCAGGUGGAACUCAGCGUCCUGAGCAGUGGCUACGUUUACGAGGAGGGCCCUGGGGAGCAGCUCAGCCUGGGCAAGCUCCAGGGCCGCCUGGAGAAUGAGGACAAGGAUAGGCUGAUUGUGCAAGUGCCUUUUGGAACAUGUGGAGGAGAAGCUGUUCUUUGCCAGGUACACUUAGAACUACCUCCCAGCUCUUCACUAGUGCAAACUCAAGAAGAUUUUAAUCUGCUCAAAUCGAGCAAUAUGAGAAGAUACGAAGUCCUUAAGGAGAUCCUGAGAACCCUUGGCCUCAGCUGUGACGUCAAACAAGUUCCUGCCUUAACGCCUCUCUACUUACUGUCCACGGCUGAGGAAAUCCGGGAUCCUCUUAUGCAGUGGCUGAGGAAACAUGUGAAUCCUGAAGGAGUAAUACAAUCCAGCAAGCUCUCCCUUAAGUUUGUUUCAUCGUGCACAUCUGAAAUAGAGAUCACCCCAUCUGCCAUACCUGUGGUGACUGACACGGAGGGCUUCUCAUCAGAAAAUUUUAGCUUAGAGAUCUACCGACAAAAUUUGCAGACAAAGCAACUUGGAAAAGUAAUUCUGUUUGCCGAAGUGACACCCACCACGAUGGACCUCCUGGAUGGGUUGAUGUUUGAGAUGCCGCAGGAAAUGGGGUUAAUAGCCAUCGCAGCCCGCCAAACGCAGGGCAAAGGGCGGGGAAGGAACGCUUGGCUGAGCCCCGUGGGAUGCGCUCUUUCUACCCUGCUCAUCUCCAUCCCGCUGAGAUCCCAGCUGGGACAGAGGAUUCCAUUUGUCCAGCAUCUGAUGUCCCUGGCUGUCGUGGAGGCGGUCAGGUCCAUUCCUGAGUAUCAGGAUAUCAACUUACGAGUGAAGUGGCCCAACGAUAUUUAUUACAGUGACCUUAUGAAGCUUGGUGGAGUUCUGGUUAACUCUACGCUUAUGGGAGAAACGUUUUAUAUACUUAUUGGCUGUGGAUUUAACGUGACUAAUAGUAACCCUACCAUAUGCAUCAACGAUCUCAUCGCAGAGUACAACAAGCAACACGGGGCAGACCUGAAGCCCUUAAGAGCUGAUUGUCUCAUCGCUAGAACUGUGACCGUGCUGGAGAAACUGAUUGAUACAUUUCAGGACAAAGGGCCCAAUGGCAUUCUUCCCCUUUAUUAUAAAUACUGGGUACACAGCGCUCAGCAAGUCCGGCUGGGAGGCACUGAGGGGCCAAUGGUGUCGAUAGUCGGCCUAGAUGAUUCUGGGUUCCUUCUGGUUCACCAGGAGGGCGGCGAGGUGGUGACUGUGCAUCCGGAUGGCAACUCCUUUGACAUGCUGAGAAACCUCAUCAUCCCCACACAGCGGUAGCCCUGUCGCCGGGAAGACAG